ACCAUCAAUGGAUUCUCUAAUAAAGAAACCAAAGCUCUCUUGCACAAAAUUGAAUGUUGAUUCCAUCAAUCCGUUCUCUAAGUUGCCCCAUGAAACAAUCGUGGAAAUUCUCUCCAGGCUCCCAGUCAAAUCUCUAAUUCAGUUCACAUUUACUUGUAAAACCCUACACCCCCUUUCCACCGAUCCCCUCCUCAUCAAGCUACAUCUCUCUCGAUCCGACAGCUCCUAUCUCAUCAUCCAUUCCAAGAAUCCUCUCAAAACUUACCUCUAUUUCCUCCACUUUUCCGACCAAAAAAUCUACAAAUUUGAGACCCCAUUUGCCUCAUCCAUGUCGGAAUUUAGCAUUUUAGGUUCAUCCAAUGGUUUACUUUGUCUCAUCGAUUCCUUGUUCAAUAGGUACAUUUAUCUCUACAAUCCCUUCACAAGGGACUACUUUAAAAUUCCAACUAAACAUGAUUCUUGUGGCCAAAUUGUAUUCCAUGGAUUUGGAUUUGAUCCUGUUGGCUGCGACUAUAAAGUUGUCAAGAUCGCAUAUUGUCAGGAUGAGUAUACUUAUCAUUAUACUAAGGAAUAUCGAGGGCUCAUAGGGCCGCUACCAUCCUUUGUUGAGGUUUACAGUAAACGUAGCAACAAUUGGACAAGAAAAGGAAUUAUUCCUUACACAUUAGAGAUAUGGUCAUCUCCGGGAGUCUUAGUGAGCAACAAGCUUCAUUGGGUGACCGUAUGGGUGAAGAAGCCCAACUGGAACCACCACAAGCGCUUGAUUGUGUCAUACAACUUGACUGAUGACACAAUCAAUGAACUUGUUUGUCCAUGUUCUGAUUUUAAUUGUAUUUUAUUUGGAAAAUGGGUUUGCAAUUAUUUGGGGGUAUUGGACAAAUGCCUUUGUAUAUCGGUGCCAAUGCGAGAGGAUGGAGCAUUCGAUGUAUGGGUUAUGAGAGAUUAUGGUGUGGAUGAGUCAUGGGUGAAGGAGUACUCCAUAUGUAUUCACUUUCCGGGGUCAUUGAUAAGCCAAUCGGAGCGAUCAUACAAUAUUUGGUUGAAUAGAUUUGGAAAGAAAAGAAUGAAGGUGUUGUGUGUCUUGGAAAAUGGAGAAGUUCUUUUGGAGUACAUAGGACAUUUAGUUGCAUAUGAUCCUUAUAGUAAAACAUUCAAGGAAUUGAAGUAUAAGGGAAUGCCGAGAUUUUAUCAGGCUACAUUUCACAACGGUAGUCUCGUGUCUCCACAUUUGGGGUGAAUUGGAUACAAAUACCAAUUAAACAGAGUAUGAGAUUGCCUAGCAUUAUAGCAGUGGAUUAAAGGGGUGAAUUAGGUGCGAAUACCAAUGAAGCAGAGUAUAAGAUAGCCUAGCAUUGUUGCAGUGGAUCAAAUGUACUUUGUGAUUAUAGGCAGACUAUGCAAAUCAACAUGUGAACCCGUUUUCAGAUUAUUACAAAGCCAAUAUGUUUAACUAUUAUAUUAGUA